AUGUUUACUCUGUGUGACCGUGCCGACGCUGUGCCUCCUCGCGAAAGACCACCCGCUCUGGCCCCCGCGUGCCUGUGGGUGGGUGCUCUCGAAGCGGCCGCUAAGAGCGACGGCAUCGUGGUCGCCAUCACGAAGCACGGGGGCCACUGCGGCUGGUUCGGCUGGUUCGACGGGCUCGGUGCUGGCUCCUGGCUGGAUCGGGCCACGAAAAAUUUCCUGUCGUCAGCUUCGGAGCUGUCGAAAGAGCCGAAGGCCGACGGCACCACCGCUGACCAUGGCGCCAGUACAACAGCAGAGGCCUCUACUCGAAUCUCGGAAGCCGCCGAGAGUCGAUAA